AUGGAUCAGGCCGACAUCCCAGCGCUGCUGGCGCGCCUGUCGAGCGACGAGGACGCCGCGCGCAAAAUGGCCGUCUUCAAGCUCCAGUCCUCCAUCAACGACCCAGCGUUCGCCGACGUAUUCAUCUCCUCGGGCGGCCUCGUCAUCCUGCGCCGCCUUAUCAUGGGCGCCGGCGGCAAUACACUGGCAUACUCCCUGCAGUCGCUCUCGCGCCUCCUCGAGGUCGACAUGGGCUGGGACAUCUUCGAGGGUCCCAGCGCGGGGGACCUGGUCGAGCGCAUCGUCGAGCUCAUCGUCACGAACCCGCUGGUUAACAUCCUUCGAGGCGCCAUGUCGAUCUUGGUCGCGCUUGUAAGCCAUUCGCAGUCGACCAACGAGGCCCGCGGCAGCUCCGGCAGCUUUGGCUUCCGCGCCCUGCGGCCGGCCAUUGCCGUGUAUCCGCAGUUUUUUGAGCUCGUCGUCCAGCAGCUGCAGAGCGCCGACCACGCGCUCUGCGCCAACGCGCUCAUGCUCACAAACGCCCUGAUCCGCGACGCGCUGUCGAGCAGCAACACACCCGAGGGUACCUUUGAGGGCACCGGAGAGGAGUGGACUACCAUCAUCAAGCGUCUGCACGAUCUGGGGUUGGUCAAGGCCGUCUACAAGAUAAUGCAGAGCUCGACGCUACAGGACCUCGCUCAUCCUGUCCUAGAGUUCCAGGCCCUCAGCAAGCUACUGCUGCGUCGUUGGAGGGAUGUGCCCGUCGACGUAGACAGACCCGAGCACAGGCGUACCUUGAAAGCGCUGCAUCUGGCCAGUAAACCAGAAAAGAAUCCCGACGUGAAUGGGCACUCGAGGGACGACUCCGCGGACGGGACGAAGAAGGAAGGCAAGCGACGCAACCCCGACAAGUGGCGUCGGCUGGGCUUUGAAUCGGAAAGCCCUUCGCAGGAAUUUGAAAUGAGCGGCUGCCUUGGUAUGAUGGAUUUGGCCGACUAUGUGCGCAAGUUUGAGGACAGCUACCAGAAAACACUGCUGGAGCAGUCGGUCAAGGCUGUGCGCGAGCGAUGUCCCAUUGCGCACGCAAGCACAACCGUGACCAUGAUAUUGUAUGACCAUUUCGAUGUGGACAAGACCGAUAUGGAAGACACCAAGGGAUAUCAAAAUCUAGAGGGCAAGAAUUAUGACCAGCUAUUUCGACCCCUACUGUUGCAGUGGUCUCGACUUCACACCUCGGCGCUGCAAGCUUUCUUUCGCAUUUGGAAGAGCACUGGGGCCGAGACGGACGACUUUGACAAAGUCGGCGAGCUGGUGCGCAUUCUCGUGGAGCACGUGGUGGGACAGUCGUCGCGCACUCGCGAUGUGCUCGAGGUGGAGGACGACAUGGCCGAGUUUGACGUGGCGCGCCUACGCGAGCUGCAGAUGGAGCUGCUGGAGCAGUCAUUUGACGACACGUGGGGCGAGCACCUGUACCAGGUCCGCGAGACGCUGCGGCAAGAGGCUCUGCAAUUCGUCAAGGAGCAACGCGUGCGGUGUCUGCUGCACGGCUCAUGGUCGAUGCACCCGGCGGUGGCGGCCGGCCCGGACCAGGCCAGCAAGACGAGCGACGGCAGCAAGGAGCAGUGGCGGUUUGCCAAGCUGUCGCAUAACCGGCGCUACUUGCACUACGCCGACUUUGACAAGCAGGCGCCGCAGGACCCGGGCCUCGCCAGCCUGACGGAAAAGAUUGACCUCAAUACCAUCAGCUCUGUCGUGUCCAACGUGUCGGCCAACAACGACCAGGCGAGCCAGAGCAGCGGCUCGACGGUGCAGAGUCCGGGUGUGCGCAAGACGCUCACGACGACCAAGAUUACCAUUUACAGCUACGUGCACGCGGCCGAGGCGGCGCGCGGCGGCGACAGCAGCGAGUACCCGAUCCUCGAGCUGUGGCCGGUCAACCACAGUCUGGCGUCGGAGUGGCUCGACGGGUUGCUGAUGCUGCUGAACCAGACGCCGAUUACGGCGGAGACGAGCAAGCUGGUGAAUCUGAUUCGACUGCUGAAUGUACGGAUGGACGGCGCGCUGGAGGGGCCGCCGGCGGGGGCGGGUGUGGUGCCGAGCCGGGAUGGAUGGCGCCAUAACCUCGCUUGUCAAAUUUAUUAUGUGACGGCGCUUUUGCCACCGGGGACAACAACACGUUGUUCCCCGGCUGUGCUGCGUGCGUGCGCUGGAUCGUAUAUUCUCUGCUUGGGGAGUUGCAAUGGCCUCUUGAAAAGAAGAACAAGAGAAAAGAAUGAUGCGGCGGCCCGUUGCAAGUGUGGAGUUAUUGCGGCAUCUGGGGCGCUGGCGGAGCCCGGCUUUGACUUUUGGAACUUUGAUACGAAAUUUUCAUCCUUGACCAGCCUCUCUCCUCCAGCCUCAGCCAUCGCCGGCCCACCAGAGUGCAUCGCCGCCGCGGUCCGGUCGACGAAUGGCCAAGGCUCCGGUGGGUUAGGAAAAGAAAAAAAGCCAUUUUUCUCGGCUGGCUUCGAUCCAUUGGUGUGGGCACAUCGUAAGCUCAGCGCGUGGGUUUGGUCCGGAUUUGCCGUUCCGGGGGACAUAAUAUCUCGCCUGGCAUUCUUCGCUCCCUUCCUUUCCUCCUUGCAUCCGUACUUUGCCUUUUCCAACUUCUUUCAUUUUCUCGGUGGAAGAGGGGAAGAGCAGAGUGUUGGGGAACGACAAAGCCCGCUAGCUACGGUACGUGCCGUGCAGGCACAGGGCGGAGGACAGCAACGACAAGUGCCUCGCCGGGGAGCUGCUCUGUUGACGGCAGCCAGCGCCAGGUAUUGGAGGCGAGGUCUUGUCCUUUUUGCGACCAGCCUCGUUCACCAACGAGAUUCUGCUUCAUUUGGCCGUCUUGAGAGGCGUUGCUGCUCAGGAUUCGCUACUGCACGGUGGCUGACUAAGCAGCUGCUACAGCUCGCAAGCAAACAGCAGGCGCGAACCACGAACCCCCCACUGAGUCCACUGGAGCCCACUGAACCGCCAUCAUUCCCGUUGUGGAUUCGCCAGGACAGUUCCCUGAAAGUCUGGCCUGAUCAAGGCCAAGCCACUCGAGACGCCUUCCCCUGA